GAGCAGGGAAGGACUGAAGACUGAGCAUGUACAAUUUCUUUAUAUGAACGUCCUGCUGGCACAUAUAGCCUACACAUAUGGGGCAAACAGGCACUUGAGGCUUACACUUUGUGUGAUUAUGAAGGGCUAAGCAUAGGGCUGUUGGGCUGCAUGUUUGAGUUGAGCUUAACUGAGCAUCCCUCCUCAUGCACGCUGGAACAGGCACAUGGUUACUGGCAUUGACAAACUCAUCACACACACAUGUUGGGCGCAGUUGACAGCUCAGCUCUAGGGUGCAGACAGAGAGGCAAGUAAUGCUGUUUCUCAGGUUUAAGCAAACUCCUUUUGCGUACCAAGUCUGAGCCCCUCUCCCUGCGCUGCGAUGAACGCUUCGCGCUCGCUCAGCAUGGGAAUCCCCACUCAAGCCCCUAACAGCACCGCGGUGAGCGCGGACACUCUCGCCCCGUGGAAUUACAGCGCAGUGAGUGCGCACAAGCUGAUGGAGCUGCCGGCGCGGCCCACUACGGUGGCAAUGGUGCAGGAUGUUCGACAUCCUUUCCCCACAGUGGAUGUUCCAGACCAUGCUCACUACACCAUCGGCUCUGUCAUUCUGGCAGUGGGCAUCACCGGCAUGGUGGGAAACUUCUUGGUCAUGUAUGCCUUUUGCAAGAGUAGGAGUCUGAGAACACCUGCCAACAUGUUCAUCAUUAAUCUAGCUGUCACUGACUUUCUGAUGUGUGUCACUCAGACGCCAAUCUUCUUCACCACCAGUUUGCACAAGCGAUGGAUCUUUGGGGAAAAAGGUUGUGAAUUAUAUGCAUUCUGCGGUGCUCUGUUUGGUAUCUGCUCAAUGAUCACACUCAUGAUUAUUGCAGUAGAUCGAUACAUUGUGAUCACUCGUCCUUUGGCCUCUAUUGGCGUUAUGUCACGCAAACGAGCCCUGUUGAUACUCUCUGCUGCUUGGGUGUACUCUAUGGGUUGGAGCCUGCCUCCGUUCUUUGGAUGGAGUGCGUAUGUCCCUGAAGGUCUGCUGACAUCCUGUUCGUGGGAUUACAUGACUUUCAGUCCUUCUGUACGAGCCUACACAAUGCUGCUCUUUACUUUUGUUUUCUUCAUCCCCCUUUUUGUCAUCAUGUAUUGCUACUUCUUCAUCUUCAGGGCCAUCAGAGAUACCAACAGAGCUGUGGGAAAAAUCAAUGGAGAAGGAGGACCCAGAGACUCUAUCAAGAAGAUGCAUCGAAUGAAGAAUGAAUGGAAGAUGGCAAAGAUAGCACUCAUAGUGAUCCUUUUGUAUGUCAUCUCCUGGUCUCCGUAUUCCUGUGUGGCUCUUACUGCUUUUGCUGGCUACGCUGACAUGCUCACACCCUACAUGAACUCUGUGCCUGCUGUGAUUGCCAAAGCAUCCGCCAUCCACAACCCAAUCAUCUAUGCCAUCACUCACCCCAAAUACAGGUCUGCCAUUGCAAAGUAUAUACCAUGUCUUGGAGUCCUGCUGUGUGUGCCUCAUAGAGACCGGUUCAGCAGCAGUAGCUUUAUGUCCACACGACGCUCCACUUUGACAAGCCAGACCUCAGAGACCAGCAGCAACCUGCACCGUGCCGGGAAGACACGCUUGUCCUCUGUGUCUGACAGCGAGUCGGGCUGGACGGACACAGAGGCAGAUCUCUCCAGCGUGAGUUCACGCCCUGCUAGUCGUCAGGUCUCAUCUGACAUCCGUAAAGAUUUGUCAGACUUCAAGCACACCAGCUCUCUGAGGCUGAAGGUCAAGAGCAGAGACUCGGGUAUCUUCGACAGAACCUCUGCCCAGAGUCUAGCUGAGCCAAACUUGAACCGGACCUGUACAUACAUCAGCACGGUGGAUGACAAAGAUGAGAUCUCCAUGGCUGAGGUCAGCCUGUCCAGUUGUCUCUCGUCCUCUGCAAAUAUGGUCUCAGAGAAUGUUGAUGAGAAAAGUCCAUUGGCUCGGAUCCCUUCCAUCAUUGUGACGUCAGAGUCCAGUCCUGCCCUCCUCUCAGAAGGUCGCAGCGGCGGCCCAUCCAGACAGCUCCCAGGUGCUUCAGUAGAGGCAGCCUCUGUCACUGCGGAAGCUGCUGGGAUUGACUGAAUACGGGCUGCACUACCACUUAUUUAAACUUCAGGACACCAUCUUAACUGACUCUUGGACAUCUGACUUAUCCCUUCCUCCUUUUUGUCUCCUUUACACAGGGCUCAAAAAUGAACCUGCAUGCAGUUACAGCUGACUCCUGAAAUUUGGCUGCAUUGUAUUUGUUGUACUUUUGCCUGUUUUGAGAUGAAAAAUGGGCAACCACAGGCUACGGGGUAAACAGGGUCUUUAUUUUUACAGGACACCCUUUAAGGCUUCUUUCAGUGGUAUGGAGAUAAUCCUCUCCUCUCAGGGAAGAAUAUGACAGUUCUGUGGUGAAAGCAGCGAUCAGUGUCUCAGUUAUAGAUUGACACUGCUCAGAAUAUGUAUUCAGAUACAUCCAUCCCUGCUUCAUCCAUAAAAAGGUUGUGCUGUAGGCCAUAGGAAUAAACAGUUUCCUGCGUCUACACAAGAUAAAAAAUCAACACAAUGUGACAUGAAGAUUCAAACACCUAGUUUUUACAUAGCCAGAAAUGUUGCUCUAUAAAAGGUAGAUCCUUGUCUACAGGUGUAAUCACUCUAGGACAGAAAAGUUGAUAUUUUAAUAUUUUUUUAAAGGUAAAG